CGUGUUCUAAUCAUCAUUAUCAUAAUCCAUAUUUGGGUGUGAAAAUAACUAUUUUUUUUUGUUUGUUUAUUUGUUCUUCUUUUUUCUUUAAUAGCAGAAACAAAUUUUACAGAAACUUUUUUAUGUUUUAGGAACCUAGAUCCCAUAUCAUGAAAUGGAGAGACCCCAUGCAAGUCCCCCAUAGCCAAUCACGUUACGACAUGUCACUUCUCGAGACAAAUGGCCAAUCCAUGUCAUUUGAGAGAGAAAUCCACAAGGGUGUCCAACCGGUUCCCGAUAAAGCAUCAACAAGAGGUAUUUUCCCCAUCAAAACCGGCUUCAGAUCAAGUUCAGGCCCACCCCUCGGAUACCCUCUCCACCACUUAUAGGCACAUCGUUUCCGAAUCAUAUAUUAUGUUUAUAUACACCCUAGCUCUCCUCCAUCUUAGUUUGCUUCACACUCUCUGCCCUGUAAUAAUAUACCAUACCAUGUUGGCAAAUAAAGAGCAGCUCCACACUGCGGCGGUGAAGAUGGAACUUGGUUUAUCAGGUUUAGAUCACCUGGAUAUGCGCCACCACCCUAUUACAAAUAUUAAAUCCAGCAAUAGGAACAAGAGAAGAUUCAGUGAUGAACAAAUCAGGUCACUUGAAGUCAUGUUCGAGUCGGACUCGAGACCAGAGUCACUGAUAAAACAGCAGCUAGCUAAUGAGCUUGGACUACAGCCUCGACAGAUUGCCAUCUGGUUCCAGAAUAGGAGAGCUAGAUCAAAAGCUAAGCAAAUUGAGCGAGAUUACAACGUUUUGAAAGAGAGUUAUGAUGCUCUUUCUUCUAGCUAUGAAUCCUUGAAACGAGAAAAUCAAGCCUUACGUAUCCAGCUGCAAAAACUGAAGGGUCAGCUUGAAAUGGAACAUGAAAACCAACAACACUGUGGACCAAACAGAGCAGAUGAAAACAGUGGUAAUGCCAAACCCGAGAAUGGGAGUACUAUACUCGACACAAACGAGAAGGUUACCAUCCUAUUCGAAGGAUAUGACCGUUUGCUUCCAUGCGAUGACAAUAGCAGAAAUGUCGAGAGCAAGGACGGAGAUAGGGUGGCUCUGGACAUGAUAGAAGCAACCAAUGGUUCCUUGACUUCAUCAGAAAAAUGGUGCCGCUUCGAGUCCAAUUGUUUCCUAGACGAGUCAAGUUGUAGUUCAAACUGGUGGGAGUACUGGUGAUGUUGAAUGAGAUUCAAAAGCCCACCAACCGAAUUGCAUCUGAAAUUUUGAUCCUCUACAUAUACAUCUACACAUACAUACAUAUAUAUAUCAUCGUGUGCCUAUAAACCAAUGAUGCAUGCACUUCGUGUUCUCUUUC